AUGUGGGCGUGCGGCUCACAGCUGUCCAUGUCUCACAAUGCUCCACUUCAGUCGGUGGAAGUGUUCCUGACAAUAGCUGAACACGUGGGCUUGGUCUACACACAAAGUUACUCUGUGAAUUUCACACUGGAUCCAGACACAGCACGUCCAGAACUCAUCCUGUCUGAGGAUCAGAAAAGCGUGUAUCAUGGAGACAUACGUCAGAAUCUGCCCAACAACGCUGAGAGAUUUGAUUAUUCUGCCAUUGUGCUGGGCAGGGAGGGAUUCACAGCUGGGAAAUAUUAUUGGGAGGUUGAAGUGAAAGACAAGACUAACUGGGACUUGGGUGUUUGUCUGGAGAAUGUAGACAGGAAGAAGAAGAUUAUAGCAAGCCCUAGAAAGGCAUACUGGGUAAUUGUGCAGAGGGCUGGAGAUACGUACAAGGCUCUCACUAAUCGGAUUUCCAUAACUGUGAAAGUAAAACCAAAGCAGAUAGGGAUUUUCCUGGAUUGUGGAGAAGGAAAAAUCUCAUUUUACAAUGUGACAGACGGAUCACACAUGUAUACUUUCAAUGCCAAGUUCACGGGGCCUGUCCGACCCUUUUUCAGUCCUUGGUACAAUGAAGAUGGUAAAAAUACUUCUCUAAAAAUCUGUCAUGUUAGGGACUGGGAAUGAGGCAAUCAGCAAUUCACAAUGGCAGGUCAGGGAGACAAAUGUAGUCCAGUGAAUAGGGUGGGAGACAAAGAGUGAAGAGAUGUAGGGGUCUAUUUCUGGCUCUGCUGUGUUACUGCAAGGAAGACUCACUGGGUCCAUUUCCCCUGCCUUGUCUAUGUAGAUUGCAAGC